CCGAACCCGGACCGAACGGACGGACGCCCUGACCGCCGCCUCCAGCGCGCGCCGCACCGCCCAGGUCCCGCCCGCCCCAGAGCAGCCAUGGAAACGGUGCAGGAGCUGAUUCCUCUGGCCAAGGAGAUGCUGGCGCACAAGUCCAAGGGGAAGCUGGUGAAACUGUACGUGCUGGGCAGCGUGCUGGCCUUCUUCGGCGUGGUGCUCGGCCUCGUGGAGACCGUGUGCGGCCCCCUGACGGCCGCCAGCCGCCCGCGGGAAGAAGAGGCCGCCGUGGCCUCGCUGCAGGCCGCCCGGGACCGGCAGGCCCUCCAGACCCAGACCCGGGCCGGGCAGGACGAGGGCAAGCAGCCCGCGGCUUUGCAGGGCAGCCGGGGCCUCUCCCACCGGCAGCACGCCUCCUAGGCACGGUGGGAGCCCACGGAGGGAGCGAGGCGAGCCAGAGGAACCGCGGUCCAGCCUUGCGCUGUUUGGGCUUCCUUCGGACCAGCCGCGGCCAGCCGGGACUGAUGCCACCAGAAGGAGGUCCAGAUUGAGUUUGCUGCUGUGCAGCAGUGCCCAGGACUACCCCCUCCAGAACCCUGUGACUGAGAUACCUGAGCGCAUCCACAGUUUUCACUGGGGAACAAGAAGGGGAAUGCUUUUUAUAUUGUUGUUGUUGUUGUUAUGAUUAUUAUGAUGAUGACCACCGUUUUGCAUUUUGAAAGCAUUAAACAAAAAAAAAGUUUUCUUCUAUA